CCCAACCAUAGACAGAGAAGUAGCGCCACUGCCGAGUGCAACUUCCAUUCGAGACAUAAAUAACUUCUGAUUUUGAGGCCGAAGAGACGAAUACUUUUACCGAUCCAGAACCUUAUGAGAUUCCAGACCGAGUUCUCAGCCGGUGUAGCGCUGAGGAUCCUACCAUUGGCUCUUCUUCUAUGUACAGUUUUCACAGUAUCGGUGUACCUGGCCACCCAGGCAUACAGAGAAAAUCGUUUAAGGGAACAAGUUUGUCGGACCGGGGUAUGCCCUGACGCACUAACUGCAGUGCGUCCCGUGUGCGGCUCAGACGGUCAAACCUACGCGGAUGAAUGCUCGCUGGUACUCGCCAGCUGCUCACCACCGGGUCCGGCGGGCGCGGUGUUACGCCGAGCGCACGAUGGCAAAUGCACGGAGGAUCAGGAGGAGCAGACGAUCGCAGACAUCACUGGCGGGAAACCAGGAGCUUCCGAAGAUGAACAUCUGAUAUGUCCGACAAGAUGCUGGUCGCACGACCACGCGGUAUGCGGAACUGACGGUAGAACCUACCGGUCGGUGUGUCACCUUCGCCUAGCCGCGUGCGGAGCUCCAGGCCUUGUGGGCCUGAUUAUCGGGCGCCGGCGAGCAUUGCGGGGUAGGCUGCUUGCCGUAGCUCACUUUGGUCCCUGCCCGGAUGAAGAGACAAUAGGCAGUCAGGAGACGGACAAAGAUUCCAGCAAUGAGUUGAUUGGCUGGGAAACAGAUGGGAGAGCAACGGCAAAACCAGCGCUCUUUACAACAAGUGAAACAGCAAGGCCCUCACCAAGUCGCCUGGUAACGACGGGUUUUACAACAACGCCCUCUCCAGUUGUGUCAUCCACUCAAGAAACUUCGACCCAACCAACAGCUGCGCAUGAAAGUCCAACAGCUGACGCAUCACCUUCCACGACAGUGAACAGCAUGGAAACAACGAGACAACCCACGACGCAACCCAAACCGUCAGAAACAGAAUCAAUUUCUGACCAAUCAACAACUUCAACAACGCAUCCUUCUCCGACCCUGACACAUUUAAGCGGAUUUGAUUGGUCCUGCCCCGCUGAUGGCCAGUGUCUCUCGAUACCGUACCGUCCAAUCUGCGGCUCAGACGGGAAAACGUAUGCAAAUCUCUGCCAGCUGAGGGAUCUUGCCUGUAAAACUGGGGAUCAAAACCUUACACCAGUCCGAAGUGGAAAUUGCACCGGAACACCAGAAGUAGAAGAGUGCUUCUCGUGCGAUGAUUUCUUCGACCCAGUGUGUGGAACGGACAAGAAGAGCUAUCUCAACAUCUGCCAACUGAGGAGAGAAGCGUGUCAGCAAAGAAAUCCUGGACUGAGAGUUUCGUUCGCUGGUCUUUGUGAGAUACCAGUCAGGGUUUGUUUGGUAUCAAGACCGUGCAACCCAUUCGGCGGGCCUCCCGUGUGCGGGACAGAUGGUGUGACCUACCCUUCGCUGUGCUACCUCAGACGGACGGCGUGUAAGCGGAGAGAUUUCAGUUUGGUCGAGGCAUACGCCGGGGACUGUAUGGCCGGAAAAUUGACAAAUGCAUGCCAAGAGCGCUGCCCGGACAUUAACUCACCCGUGUGUGGCACAGACGGGAUGACCUACUGGAACUAUUGCUUCUUUGGGCGAGCCGUGUGCAGACAACCCGGACUGUUCCGCGCUUAUGAUGGAGGGUGCAACCACGUCAGUCAUAUACCACAAGAUAUCUCGGCCCUCGUACCCUGAGCGAACAACUGUGAGGUCAAUGGUUGACCAACCAACGGACCAGUUUUGAAUGUCGUUAUAAUAGAGAUAUAGAGAAGGAGAAGUGUGAAGAUCAUAGGUAAAAUUAAUGCAUAACAAUAUCUUUACUAUAAAUAUCAGAUAAAAAACGACGUUGUACUUUUUUCCACACCCAUGACUUCUUCACAAGUUGUUUUCCUUCUGAUGGCCAUAGCUUGACAGAGGAGAAACCCCAAAGGAAAAGGAGGAACCCUUCUUUGACCGGGGAUCCUCUCCCCAUAUUUGUGGUGAGGAAAAAAGGCGGAUUUUGAGGUAUCUUGCAACUUUCCAGCAGAAAAAUGUAUUCAGUAGCACUGCAAAUGGAGAAAUACAAAAGCUUUAAAUAAAUACGGCGGUUAGAUGUCAGGUUAUAAGGGUUGCAUAGCGUAGAUAACAUGUACAUUUGUAUUACGCACACGGCCAUUAGUGUGAGGUGAUUUCCAGCAUUCCCCCCCUACACACUUUCAGAAUUUGCAGCCGCGCAGGUUUUUUUUUUUUUUUUUUUAGUCUUCUCCCAUCCCAGCGACACAGAUUACUUUAACGCCACUCUAUCUUCAUCUACUUCGAAGUGAAAUAAAACAAACAUUGAACACCAAUACUGUGUUAUUUUUCGGAUGACGUCUCCCUGGCGACGGACCGCAUCAGCAUAGGGCCUACAUGGCCCCCUUUUACCCCAUCCCACAAAAGAUUAUCGCAUGCAUGGUGCUCCGAUUUUCACCUCAUAUUGUUGUGUCCACCAUUUAAACCUUUAAAUCAUGAAGAAAAAACCCAGGUUUUUAACUUUGGUUAACUAGGCUCUGACUUAUAAGAUAAAUCUUUCUGAGAGGUUAAAUUAGGUGGAAAGUUGUUGUGAAACAAUCAUUUUGUUUUUAGAAUGUUUAUUGUUGUUUAAGGUCAAUAAAAUCCAAUUUUGCACAAGUAA